AUGGCUAUGGGAAAUAGUUCCUUCAUGGCUGAGUUCAUUCUGAUGGGACUAACAGACCACCCAGAUCUCCAGCUCCCACUGUUUUUCCUGUUUGGAGCAAUGUAUACUGUCACCGUGUUGGGAAAUUCAGGCUUGAUAACUUUAAUUGGGAUGAAUUCCCACCUUCACAACCCCAUGUACUUUUUCCUCUUUAACUUGUCCUUCAUAGACCUCUGUCACUCUUCUAUUGUUACACCCAAAAUGCUGAUCAACUUCAUAUCAAGGAAGAACAUUAUCUCCUAUAGUUCGUGCAUAGUGCAGCUGUACUUCUUCUGUUUUUUUGGUGUUUCUGAGUGCUAUGUGCUGACUUCAAUGGCCUAUGAUCGCUAUGUGGCCAUCUGCAAUCCACUCUUGUAUAACAUUACCAUGUCCCCUAAAAUGUGUGUCAAUCUUAUGUUUGGUUCAUACUUGAUGGCAUUUUCUAUUGCUAUGACACAUACCGGAAACAUGCUAAGACUGACUUUCUGUGAUGCCCACACCAUCAACCAUUAUUUCUGUGACAUCCUCCCUGUGCUCCAGCUCUCCUGCAUGAGCACCUAUGUCAAUGAGCUGGUGUUGUUAAUUGUGGGGGGCAUCAACAUCAUCAUGACCUGUCUCACCAUCUUCAUCUCUUAUGGUUUCAUUCUCUCCAGCAUCCUCCACAUCAGCUCCACUGAGGGCAGGUCCAAAGCCUUCAGCACCUGCAGUUCCCACAUAAUGGCUGUUUCUCUGUUCUUUGGAUCAACUGCAUUUGUGUAUCUCCAGCCGUCUUCAGCCAUGUCUAUGAAUGAGGGAAAAAUUUCUUCUGUGUUUUACACCAUUGUGGUGCCCAUGAUGAACCCCUUAAUCUAUAGCUUGAGGAAUAAAGAUGUAAUACUUGUCAUGAGAAAAAACCUGAAAAGAAAAAUAUUUUGA